AUAUGAGGUCGACUGGCGCGUCUCAACACAUACAAACCCCCUUGACCAUCCUGAGCAUCACCGUGCCUAAUUUUCCACUUUGUUACAGAUUAAACUAGUUUAACUUUUGGACGACUACGCAACACAAGCAUUUCGUCAGGAAGUUCCAGCACAAGUCAUGUCCUAUCAUGUCUUCCUUGCACUACUUCUAGUAUGCAGUGUUUACAUCGUUUAUUCUGAUGGAGCAUCAGGUCUUAGACCCGGAGGAGCGAAUGUGGUAACCACGACCCAUGGAAUGACUGCCUACAGACAAGUAUCGUUCAAACAGACCACUAGUAACCGAAGAUGCUGGCAGACUUGCAGUUGUAUUUUCUGCUGGUGUAAGAGGACAGUGUGUAGCACUUCAUACUACCUCAAGACGGCUUACAAAUCAGUCAGCUACAGAACAAGUUACUCUGUGCACAACUGUGCGCCAGGAUGGAAGCAACAAGGAACAGAAUGUCCCAUAGCUAUCUGCACCACGGUCAAUUGCACUAAUGGAGGAAACUGUACCAAACCGAAUCAUUGUAAUUGCACGUCAGGUUGGACUGAUGCUAACUGCACUACAAAUGUAAACGAAUGUGCUACAAACAAUGGUGGUUGUGAUCAUUACUGUAACGACACCGUAGGUUCCUUUAACUGUUCUUGUGACGUGGGAUAUACACUACAAGGGAAGACUCGUUGUCAAGACAUCAAUGAAUGCAUAACCAGGAACGACACAGGCUGUCAACAGGUGUGCCUUAAUCAGCCAGGGACAUACAAGUGUGGAUGCUAUAAUGGCUACAUGUUGAAUAGCGACAAUAAAACUUGCUCAGAUAUUGACGAGUGCUCUAUAUCUAAUGGCACGAAACACGGCUGCGCAUAUCGUUGUAACAAUACAAUUGGUAGCUACGAAUGUUCCUGUCCAUCUGGCUUUCUGCUGACUACAAAUCGCAGAGAUUGUGCUGACCAUGACGAGUGCAUGACGGGUAAUAGCACCUGUGAGCAGAAAUGUAUCAAUCAUCCAGGACAUUACACAUGUGACUGUCGCCAAGGUUACAACCUGAAUGUACGGGACAACAAUACUUGUCUGGACAUUGAUGAAUGUGAGCGUGGUGUAUCUGGUUGUGCGCACAUGUGUAACAACACCAUUGGAGGGUAUUAUUGCCGAUGUCGCACUGGUUAUGAGCUUGCAACUAACAACAGGAGUUGUAAUGACAUCAAUGAGUGCCAGUUGGGCAUCGACGGUUGUUCUCAGCGAUGUGUUAACGUGAUUGGCAGCUUCUAUUGCAGCUGUCGCCAUGGUUACUACCUUGACAUUGACCUCAAGACAUGUAUAAGCUAUCCUUGCCAGCCAAUUGCUACUCCACCUUAUGGAUCAAGGAGCUGUACUGGCUUCAACACAGACGAUGUAUGUCGAUUCUCAUGUAAGACAGGCUACGAGUUGAUCGGUUCAAUGGUCCGUGUGUGUAUGUCUGAUGCACAGUGGAGUGGCCAGCAACCUCUCUGCGUACAGAAACAGUGCUCGAGUUUGCAACCCCCAUAUAAUGGCUUUGUGAACAUUCCUUGUGCUAGUUCGUAUGAUUCUCAAUGUGCUGUAGGAUGUAAAUCAGGGUAUAUUUUGAAUGGACCAUCAGUUACCAAAUGCUCGCAUGGUGAACAGUGGAAACCAUCGAUUAGUGAAUGCAAAGUUGCAGGGUUGUGCCAGUACAAACCUUGCAAAAAUGGUGGCGUUUGAUUCUUAGUGAAUGCCACCACAAUCCAGUGCAAUUGUACGAACACUGGCUUCAAGGGACCCUUCUGCGAUCAAGGGCAAGUAAUG